AUAUAAAUACACAUUGUCUUUCUCAUUUCGUUCCUUCCGCGAUCUAGGGUUUUAGCCGUAUCCACCAAAGAGGGAAAUCAUGCCGGCAGGUCAUGGAGUUCGGGCGAGAACGAGGGAUCUGUUCGCGAGACCGUUCAGGAAGAAGGGUUACAUCCCACUCUCCACAUACCUGAGGACCUUCAAGGUCGGUGAUUACGUCGAUGUUAAGGUGAAUGGUGCGAUCCACAAGGGUAUGCCUCACAAGUUCUACCAUGGCCGUACUGGUCGUAUCUGGAACGUUACCAAGCGCGCCGUCGGUGUCGAAGUCAACAAACAGAUUGGAAACAGGAUCAUAAGGAAGAGGAUCCAUGUGCGUGUGGAGCAUGUGCAGCAGUCGAGGUGCGCAGAGGAGUUCAAGCUGAGGAAGAAGAAGAAUGAUGAGCUCAAGGCUGCAGCCAAAGCCAAGGGUGAGACGAUAAGCACCAAGAGACAGCCUAAAGGUCCCAAACCAGGAUUCAUGGUCGAAGGUAUGACCUUGGAGACCGUCACUCCCAUCCCUUACGACGUCGUCAACGAUCUCAAAGGAGGCUAUUAGUUCGUCUUUUUCCGAAUGUUUUGCUCAAAGACUAUUUUGGCAGUUUUGUAUUUUGAGUGUUCGUUCAUGUGUCUUAGUUACAAUUACAAUGUCUCUAGGAUGCAAUCCAGACACAUAAUGAAACAGAGCUUUGUCUCUUUUAUAACUAUCAUUUUCUCUA